AUGAACGGUGGUCCAGCUGCUAAGAUUCGAUUUGUUAGAUGUCCAAAAUGUCGGCAGGUUCUUGUGGAGCCACAAGAUAUUCCAGUCUACCAAUGUGGUGGCUGUGGCACACAUCUCCAAGUUGCUCUACGUCGUAAUAAUCUGGAUUUGAUAAUAUUUAAAGCAAUUCUCUUCCUUCGUGCAGUGGAAAAUCGAAAAAAUAAUCCUGAAUUCACAACAUCUGGCUUACAUGAAACAGAUGCUGCUCAGAAAAGCAGAUCAGAUCAUGUUUCUGAAGAUAAAAAAGCUAGCAGCCCAAAUCAUGAAGAAACUCUUCAUUCCCCUGGGGAAUGUUCUUCAGACCAAAUCAAUGGGAGGGAUCAUGCUGCAUAUGGCAAUUGUGAGCUUGAGAAUCUAAUAGGCAAAAACUCACCAAAUGAACUCCAAAGCAAUGGAAGUGAUCCAAAUGGUUCUGGAGAUUUCAAUAAUGAGCAACCUGGAGAUUUCAACUCAUCAGAUCAUUGGGGCUUACGACGUGAGCCUACCACCAUUAGCUACUACAAUCCUACUGGUGCCAAGCGAACAGCGACAGUUGUGAGUUUACACAUACAAAAUGUUGAGAAGUAA